UUGUACAAAGUACUUCCGGUGGGGUCACCGACUAGCUUUUUAUGUGCGAUUUUUCCUCGUGUUUACCCUCUGAGGUUUUACUAUGAUGUGAGAAUAUUUUUUGCGGUAGCUACAUUUCUUUUAUUAAUAAUUUUCUUUAACGGCCGCUUCAGUUAAUCACGGAACGACUGCACAACGCGGUUAGACAAGAGAGUCGAAAAGAGGAAGCAAUAGCCAACCAUCUUUCUUCUCCUGCCAGCAAUAACAAGAAAGAGACCAGGCUAGGUCCAAGUAGAGCAGUGUAGUUUGCAAUUUAUUGCCUGUUUUAUACAAGAUAAAGGACUUGGGGAAAACCUCUCCGUGUUACGAUAGAUUAAAGCUCUCAGACACUGAGCUCGUCCCACCUCCGGCAAGUCUGGAAGUUUCGGAUCAGAAGACUGGCUGUUAAGAAUUAGUAUUCCCGUUUUUUCAUGUUUCCAACAGGUUUAUCUUCCCCUAAUCCCCCACCACCGCCAACCCAGGAGGCAAGACCAGCGGCUACUGAUGUCAAAAACGACAGCGGUAACAUCACAUCUCCGAAGAAGAGGAAAAUAAACGGCUCAGAGAGGGAAGACACUACUGACACGAUCUCCUCUUCGCCUCCCAAGACCCUGAAUUCCUCCUCUACUUCCUCCUCCUCCUCCUGCUCUCCCACUCCGCUGCACAUUCAGAAGAAGUUGAGGUUUGAGGAUUCAGUGGAUUUCAUUGGACUGGAUGUGAAAAUGGCUGAGGAGGCUGCUGCUGCCGCCGCUGCCGCCGCCGCCGCCGCUGCUUCGUGCUCUAAUAACAAAAGCAAAGCCGUGUUCCUGCCCGGUGGUGUGGGGCACCAUGCAAACGGACUGACGAAAACCGCUGGCUCCGGCACCUUCUCCAACAGUAAACCCGGUGCAGCCAAGAAACUAGUCAUCAAGAACUUCAAAGAAAAGCCCAAGUUGCCUGAGAACUACACACAGGAGACCUGGCAGAAGCUGAAGGAGGCAGUGGAGGCCAUACAGAACAGCACUUCAAUCAAGUACAAUCUAGAGGAGCUCUACCAGGCUGUCGAGAACCUGUGCUCCCAUAAGAUAUCUGCCAAGCUUUACAAACAGCUGAGGGCCGUGUGUGAAGACCACAUCAAGGCACAGAUUGAUCAGUUCAGAGAGGAUGCCCUGGACAGUGUGCUUUUCCUCAAGAAAAUUGACAAGUGCUGGCAAGAUCACUGCAGACAAAUGAUCAUGAUUAGGAGUAUAUUUUUGUUUUUGGACCGCACCUAUGUUUUACAAAAUUCAAUGCUGCCAUCAAUCUGGGACAUGGGUCUGGAGCUGUUCAGGUUCUACAUCAUCAGUGAUCUGAAGGUCCAGAGUAAAACCAUCGAUGGGAUUCUGCUGCUCAUUGAGAGGGAGCGAAACGGAGAGGCGAUUGACCGCAGCCUGCUGAGGAGCCUGCUGAGCAUGCUCUCUGACCUGCAGAUUUAUCAAGACUCCUUUGAGCAGCGCUUUUUGGAGGAAACUAAUCGCCUGUACGCUGCAGAGGGACAGAGGCUGAUGCAGGAGAGAGAGGUGCCAGAAUAUCUCCAUCAUGUCAACAAACGGUUGGAGGAGGAGGCAGACAGAGUCAUCACGUAUCUAGACCAGAGCACACAAAAACCACUCAUUGCCACUGUGGAGAAGCAGCUGCUGGGUGAACACCUCAGUGCGACUCUGCAGAAAGGACUGACUCACUUGCUGGACGAGAACAGAAUCCAGGAUCUGUCUCUUCUCUAUCAGCUCUUUAGUCGAGUGCGGGGUGGUGUUCAGGUCCUCCUGCAACACUGGAUAGAGUACAUAAAGGCUUUUGGAAGCACAAUUGUAAUCAAUCCAGAAAAAGACAAAACAAUGGUGCAGGAGUUGCUGGACUUCAAAGACAAGGUGGAUCACAUCAUCGACGUCUGCUUCAUGAAGAACGAGAAGUUUGUCAACGCCAUGAAGGAGGCUUUCGAAACAUUCAUCAACAAACGGCCAAAUAAACCUGCAGAGCUCAUAGCAAAACAUGUGGAUUCAAAGCUAAGGGCAGGAAACAAAGAGGCAACAGAUGAAGAACUAGAGAAGAUGCUGGAUAAGAUCAUGAUUAUCUUUAGGUUCAUCUAUGGAAAAGACGUUUUUGAGGCAUUUUACAAGAAGGAUCUGGCCAAGAGGUUGCUGGUUGGAAAAAGUGCUUCUGUUGAUGCUGAAAAAUCAAUGUUGUCAAAGCUGAAACAUGAAUGUGGAGCAGCGUUCACCAGCAAACUGGAAGGAAUGUUCAAGGAUAUGGAGCUUUCUAAAGACAUCAUGGUACAGUUCAAACAGUAUAUGCAGUGCCAAAACAUUCCUGGCAACAUUGAGCUGACGGUCAACAUCCUCACUAUGGGUUACUGGCCAACCUAUGUCCCAAUGGAAGUGCACCUGCCUCCCGAGAUGGUGCGACUGCAAGAGAUCUUCAAGACCUUCUACCUGGGCAAACACAGCGGCAGGAAGCUGCAGUGGCAAUCAACACUAGGCCAUUGUGUCUUAAAAGCUGAAUUUAAGGAGGGCAAGAAGGAGCUGCAGGUGUCACUUUUCCAAACACUUGUGCUACUGAUGUUUAAUGAGGGAGAGGAGUUCACCCUGGAGGAGAUCAAACUGGCAACAGGAAUAGAGGACAGUGAACUGCGCCGGACUCUGCAGUCGCUCGCUUGUGGAAAAGCACGAGUCCUCACCAAAAUCCCAAAAAGCAAAGAUGUGGAGGACGGGGACAAGUUCUCCUGCAACGAUGACUUCAAACACAAACUCUUCAGGAUCAAAAUUAACCAGAUCCAGAUGAAAGAAACGGUGGAGGAGCAAGCCAGUACCACAGAAAGGGUCUUUCAGGAUCGUCAGUAUCAGAUCGAUGCUGCCAUAGUGCGGAUCAUGAAGAUGAGGAAGACUCUGAGCCAUAAUCUCUUGAUGUCUGAGGUGUACAACCAGCUCAAGUUCCCUGUCAAGCCUGCUGACUUGAAGAAGAGGAUAGAGUCUCUUAUUGACAGGGACUAUAUGGAGCGUGACAAGGAGAACCCCAACCAAUACAACUAUGUGGCUUAACAAAAGAAAAAGUGACAGAGAAAAAGAGAUGCAGAUGGUCCAGUCAGGCUGAAAGCUAAUCUGAGUGAUCGGUCUCUAAAUCUUUUGCUCCAGUGGAUGUUAACCAUUAUCAUCUUCAACCUAGCGACCGACAUGUGAAUGGAUACUGCUCCACAGGAUUUUUUUUGUCAGGGGUCUUGUGAUCCUGUGGACUGCAUGCCCAUUGAAAAGAGAAUAUUGUCCAUAUUUCUCAGUGCCUCUGAGAGAGUUGGGCUACUGUGGACAGACAAAGAAGACACACAGAUGUUGUUCCGUUUGCUCCUUUUUUCUUUUUCUUUUUUUUAAUGGAGAGGAAAAAUAUUUAUUUUCAGACUUAGAUUCUUCUUUGUCCAUAGUUUGAAUCAAUAUGCUCUUUGUUAUUAAGUCACUUUUUUUCUCUUUGUUCACUCAGUAUCCCAAGCAAAUGCUGACACACCUAACAAUGCUCUAAAUGUACCACACGUUGGAGAGAAAAAAAAGGAUCAAAAAAAUUAAACUGAUGCUUGUUUCUUCAGCUAGUGUCAAAUGUGGGACUAUUGGAUGAACAUUCAGAUUAGAGAAUUGACAACUGGGCAAUGUCUGUGUCAAAUGUGUGAACAUGCAGCAAGGUUUUACAGUUUUUGAGGCCAUGAAGCCAUUUGAUAAAGCUCUGAUCAUGAACAUACAAAGUGUUCAAAGCAGAGUUUGUGCCAAAAAAGGAGCACUUCUUUUGUCAUAGGGUGUAUUCAAGCUGCUAAAACAGUUCAGUUGUACAAGUAUACAUUUAAGUUUCUCAUUUGUUCUUUCUUUGUACGUGUUUGUACAUACUCACAAAGGUAGUCACAAAGGUGACACGAUUCCAUCUGACAGUCAACUGCUUUUUAGGUUUUUGUUAACCCUUAGAAAGUAUACUAAAAGCACAAUGCCAUCAGAGCCCAUUUCCCCCAUCUUCCCUGGUGUCAUACCACACACAUACACUAUAUAUUUUUUGUAAGUCUCCCUGUGGGGCUUACAGGCCUUUGCUGAAAAGUGGGAGUGGAUUGCCUCAAACCAUGAGGAAAAACAUGAUUGAUUAGACAUGCCCUUGUUUGUAUGAGUCUGUUAGAUUUAUUGCUUCAGAUUAAAAUAACUGUUUCAAUCGGG